AUGCCGACGUUUAAAGAAAAUAUAGAGAUCCGAGGCAUAAAUCAACAGGCUGUUUGUUCCACAGACUCAGUCAACUUAAAAAUUACUUCCCGCUUCGGCACUUUCGGUACAGAGUUAACGUACGUUGUCCUCCCGAGAAUUACUCAAAAUAUUCCUACAAUUGAAAUAGACAUUUCAAAUAUAGAAAUUCCCAAAAAUAUUAAGCUAGCUGAUCCUCAUUUCAAUAUACCGGGAAAGAUAGAUUUGUUGAUCGGGGCGGAUAACUUUUGGAACCUGAUGUGUGUCGGGCAAAUAAAAUUAGGAAAACAAAGGCCGGCCACGUAUAGACGACAAUUAGAUGGUAGGUUUAUCGUACAAUACCCGAUAAAAGAGCAUCUGUUAGAGGCGCUGGGUAAUUCGAAAGAAGUAGCCUUGAAGAGAUUUCAAUCAUUAGAGCGAAAAUUUGAAAGGAAAUCCGAGUUUAAAAGGGAAUAUGCAGGAUUCAUGCGGGAAUACCUUCAUUUAGGUCACAUGAAACCGGUUGCCGAACACGAUAGAAGCAAGUUCAGAGUUUUCUUGCCGCACCAUGCAGUUACAAAGGAAGGCGACGCGAAGUCUAAAAUUCGAGUAGUUUUCGACGCAUCCAGCAAAUGCUCCGGAGAAAAAUCGCUGAACGAUGUUUUGUACAAGGGGCCAAUAAUCCAAACAGAACUGUUUGACUUAAUCACUAGAUUUCGCAGUCAUAAAUAUGUUCUAUGCGCAGAUAUUAAAAAAAUGUACAGACAAAUAUUGAUACAUCAUGAGCAAACCGCGUUGCAAAGUAUCGUUUGGCGAGAGAGUCCGGAUGUUGAAAUCCAAGAAUAUGAAUUAUGUACGGUGACUUACGGUACCAAACCAGCGUCAUUUUUAGCGACACGAUGCUUGUUACAACUAGCGGAAGAUGAGAAAGCAAACCAAAGCGCGUUGGAAUUACAUAAAUGGAAUGCAAACGUACCCUCACUUAGUCAAACUAGUCCAUGGAAAACCGAUGCAGUAAGCAUCGGGGAGGAAGCUGAAUCCAAGUUAUUUGGGGUACUGUGGAACCCUAUUAAGGACGUUUUUAGUUAUAAGGUAACGGUACAAGGCAGCGAGGUGCGCACAACGAAGCGUACGGUUCUAUCACAAAUCUGUAGAUUGUUCGAUCCACUGGGCUUGGUGGGUCCAGUCAUUACGUUAACAAAGAUUAUAAUGCAAGAACUGUGGAGCUUGGGCAUAGGUUGGGAUGAAUCGGUACCCAUGCAUAUUCAUAAAGCGUGGGACGCAAUAAAAGCACAAUUGAACUUACUCAAUAACCUGCAGAUACCUAGAGCAGUUCUGUCGAGUGAAAAACACAGUCAAAUACAAAUCCACGGAUUUUGCGAUGCGAGCGAAAAGGCGUACGGGGCCUGCAUAUAUCUAAGAGAACAAAAUUUACACGGAAAAACUGUGAUCUCGCUUCUUUGUUCAAAAUCACGCAUAGCGCCUAUGAAAGCGUUAUCGCUGCCGAGGUUAGAGCUAUGUGGCGCAGUGCUAUUAGCAAACUUAAUGAACAGAGUAAUAUCGAGCCUAAAUAUGGAAACACUGCCGAAAUAUUUUUGGACGGAUUCAAUGAUUGUAGUGGCCUGGAUACGUUCCACUCCAAGAAAAUGGCAAACGUUCGUAGCGAAUAGAAUAAGCGAAAUCCACGACAAGUCCUCGCCUUCCGAUUGGCACCAUGUCAAGUCGGGGGACAACCCGGCCGAUCUAAUUUCGCGGGGGGCAACUCCCGAACAACUCAUGCAAAACAAUUCGUGGUGGAAAGCUCCGUGGCUGGUGGAUGAUGUAGAAUCUUGGGAACCGGAAGACGAGGAUUUGAAUAACGUGAUCGUACCUGAAAAACGAAAGCAAGCGAUAAUAGCAAUGGCUGUGAAAGGCGACACGAUAAUAGACUACAAGAGAUUUUCGUCGUUAAAUAAAUUAGUUAGAACAGUCGCGUAUGUAUUAAGAUUUGCGUGUAAUUUGAAAUGUAAAAUAGAAGACCGUAGAGUGGGCCAAAUGAGCCUUAUAGAGGUAAACGAAGCCAAAGCGAUGAUAAUCAAGUUAGUACAAAAUGAAGAGUUCGAACCCGAAAUAAAGGCGUUAAGGAGUGGCCACUCAGUUCCAAGAAGCUCCAAGUUAAUCGCUCUCCACCCCUUCUUAGAUGACAAAGGGGUACUGCGCGUCGAAGGGAGAUUGAAACAUUCCGCGUGCCCGGAAGAAACCAAACACCCCAUUUUGCUCCCGUCGUCACAUCACGUGACCAUGUUAGUCAUCAGGCAUCAUCAUGAGAAGGUUUUUCACGCAGGCGCACAGACCACCUUGAAUUUUAUAAGAGAAGAAUUUUGGCCCAUUUUCGCCAGGAGCCGAGUAAAGAAGAUGUUACGAAACUGCGUAAAGUGCCGCAAGUCCCACCCUAAGGCUAAUUGGCAAAUCAUGGGGGAGUUGCCAGCGGCAAGAGUUAAAAUCACUAAAGCUUUCUACAGCUCAGGGGUCGAUUAUUGCGGACCCUUUUACGUACGAGAUAGAGUGCGCCGGGGAGUAUCCCGUUUGGACACGUAA